CGGCCCGGCCCCGGACUCGGAGCCGGGCACGGGGGCUGGAACCGAGAAUCUAGACCCGGAGCUUGAUCUCCAGAGCUGGGCCCUGAACACGGGACUUUGGGCUAGGUCCCAGAGCUGCCCCCUGGGUGGGGGGUGCAGGGCACCCUCCCACCUCACUAACUUCCCUGGGAGCCCACAGCCUGAGCCCGGUGCCCACAAGGAGGCAGCCCCCCCAGCCAGGGAGCCCCUGGCCCCACACCUCCUGCCCUGGGCCAGCCCAGAAGCAGCCCACCCAGCCGUGCCAUGGGGAAGAUGCUGCCAGCCCAGGAAGCAGCCCGGAUCUACCACACCAACUAUGUGCGGAACGCCCGGGCCAUGGGGGUGCUGUGGGCGCUCUUCACCCUCUGCUUUGCGGUCAUCAUGGUGGUGAGCUUCAUCCAACCCUACUGGAUCGGUGACAGCAUCGACACUCCACAGGCCGGCUACUUCGGCCUCUUCUCCUACUGCAUUGGCAACGCCCUGACUGGCGAGCUCAUCUGCAAGGGCAGCCCCCUGGACUUUGGCACCAUCCCCUCCAGUGCCUUCAAAACGGCCAUGUUCUUCGUGGGCAUCUCUACCUUCCUCAUCAUCGGCUGCAUCCUCUGCUUCAGCCUGUUCUUCUUCUGCAAUUCAGCCACUGUCUACAAAAUCUGUGCCUGGAUGCAGCUGGCAGCAGCUGCCGGCCUAAUGAUAGGUUGCCUGAUCUACCCAGAUGGUUGGGAUUCCAAUGAAGUGAAGCGCAUGUGCGGGGACAAAACUGACAAAUACACACUAGGGGCAUGCACCGUGCGCUGGGCCUUCAUCCUCUGCAUCAUUGGGAUCCUGGAUGCCCUCAUCCUCUCCUUCCUGGCCUUUGUUCUAGGGAACCGGCAAGAUAAUCUCCUCCCAGACGAUUUCAAAGUAGAAAAUAAAGAGGAGGGCCAUGAAUGAAGAAGCUGACCACCACAAGACAUAUAGGGCCCCUCCAGGUAACGACCAGGAACUUGAUGCUUUUCUUAUUGGUCAUUUUGAAGGAACUCUAUUCUCCCUAUAAACUUUCUUGAAAAGAUUCCAUGCAAGGGGCUGCUGGAGACUCGACCCCCUCAUGGAGUUUAUUUGGAUGGAGGGACUCAAUCUGUUUUAGAGCGGGAAGGGGGGGGAAGAGGAGCCAGUAUGUGUUUUAGCUACUUACAGUCACCUUUUGUACUGACUUGUUGCAAGAAAAAUUUGCUGAAUAAAAGGCAAAG